GCGCCCGGCUACCUGACAACCAGUUACGCCACCUCGUUGGGUCUGCCGGUGCUGUCGCCUCGGCCGGGCCCCGCCUGGACGUCCUACUAUUUCGGCGGCGCCAAUCGUCUGUUGCCACCCGCCUCGACCCUCUUCUACUACAUCCCUGCGCCCAUUCCGGCCGCCGUCUCAGCGCCCGGACUGCAGUAUUGGAGCCAGACGCCGAACCCGGGCCAACUGACCGAGACGGCGGCCUCUCAAUCGGCGAUCUCUUCUUCACAGACGGACCAGAUGAUGCAGAAUCCAUACGCCCAGUACCCGACCGGUCAGCCACAGCCACAGCAACAACAGCAACAACAACAGCAGCAACACCAGCAGCCGACGCAACAGAUACAGCCAAUGCGACAGGGCCAGAUCGACCCUCAGACCGGCUGACGGGUUGUGCCCUACACCCUAUCGCCACUCACGGGUCUGACGCACGACUUCGCCACCGGGGCUGCUAGGCCGGCUUCGAUUUCGUCUCAGCAUCCACUUUUCCUCCUCCUUCUCCUCCUCCUCCUCCCUCCAUCAUUACCAUCAGCAAUAUCAACAAUAUCUUCUUCUUCUUCCUCCUCCUCCGCAUCGUUGUCACCAUCACCAUCAUCAUCAUCAUCAUCAUCAUCAUCAUCAAUUUCUUCCUCUGCCACAUGCUCUUCUAUUUCCUUCUUAUGCUGGGACUGA